GCCUCUAUGCUAAUCCUGGCUACUUCAUUUCAGCUAGGAAAAAAAUAUGGUCCAGUCUUCAGUCUUUAUCUUGGAGGAACACCUGCAGUCAUAACUCAUGGAUUUCCUUCGGCAAAAGAGGUCCUCGUGAUAAAAGGCACAGAAUUUGCUGGGAGGGCAGACGUUCCUAUAAUGGAUGCCCUCAGUAAAAAAAAAGGUAUACUGACAGUAAGAUACGGUGAAGUAUGGAAGGAGCAAAGAAAGUUUUCACUGAUGUUUCUCAGACACUUUGGAGUGGGCAAGAAAUCAAUGGAGGAAAAGAUCUUGGAGGAGGCAAUUUAUCUGAUUGAGGCGUUCACUGAAAAGAUGAGUGUGCCUUUUGAUCCUCAUGAGUUUCUGCAGAAUGCAGUCGCCAACAUUAUUUUUACCAUAAUAUUUGGGAAACGUUUUGAAUAUGACAGCGCCUUCCUCAAAACUCUGCUGCAUGAGAUACAUCAAAAUUCGAAACUGGCACUGGGACCGUGGGGCUUGCUUUACAACGCGGUGCCCUUAGUGAGGAGGCUUCCUCUGCCCCAUCAGAGACUACUAACAACUUCAAAGAAAGUAGAAGCUUUUUUUGAAAAAGAGGUGGAAGAGCACAAGGCGACCCUGGUUCCUGGAGAACCCCGGGAUUUCACUGAUGCAUAUUUGGAAGAAAUGCAGAAGGCAGGGAGGAAAAGUUCAAGUUUUGAAGAACAGCAACUACGAGUCUUACUGUCUGAGCUAUUCAUGGCUGGAACAGAGACAACGGCAGGAACACUUCUAUGGGGAUUCCUCUAUUUGAUGGCCUUUCCAGAGAUCCAAGAGAAAUGCUGGAAGGAGAUAGACACUGUUCUGGGAAGCAAUGCAAGCUUGAAGUGUGAAGACAGAGAGAAUUUGCCCUACACAAAUGCUGUCAUUCAUGAAAUCCAACGCAUUUCAAAUGUUGUUCCUCUGGGAAUACCUCAUGCACCCAUUCAAGAUGUACAGCUUUUUGGAUAUAAAAUUCCCAAGGACACCAUAGUUUUUGUUAAUCUCCAUUCUGCACAUUUUGAUGAAUCUCAGUGGAAGUUCCCAGAUGAGUUCAACCCCUCCAACUUCCUGAAUGAAAAGGGAGAGUUUGUGAAGCCAGAAGCAUUUUUGGCAUUUUCAGCAGGACCAAGAGCCUGCUUAGGGGAAAUCCUGGCUCGGAUGGAGCUCUUCCUCUUCUUCACCAGCAUUCUGAGAAAUUUCCAGUUAUCAUGGCCAGAUAAAUCACAAGCCCCAAAUUUUACACCAUACUUAGGGAUUACACAAACCCCAUCUCACUUCAAGGUGUUGCUGAAAUGUCGCCAGCCAAGCGAAUAGAUCUAAGUAAGGAUCUGCAAGACAACCUCAUUCUCUCCAAGUGUCUAUGCAGCAGCCAUCUCUACUUCAAAU